UAAGGCGUCGCCUCUGUUGCCGUGGGAAACGACCCCGGACGUGGGAGGGGGCAAAGACGUUUCCCGCCGGCGGGCGUUGCGGUUGUGACUGAAAGAGGGCCUCAGAGGCGGUGGGUCUCCGCUCUGCAGCACGAUGGCGGACCAGAUUUAUUUGGAAAAUAUAGACGAGUUCGUCACGGACCAAAACAAGAUCGUGACAUACAAAUGGCUGAGCUAUACGUUAGGGGUUCAUGUUAACCAGGCCAAACAGAUGUUGUAUGAUUAUGUUGAAAGGAAGCGAAAGGAAAAUUCAGGAGCCCAACUGCACGUCACCUAUUUGGUAUCUGGCAGUCUCAUUCAGAAUGGACAUUCCUGCCACAAGGUUGCAGUAGUGAGAGAAGAUAAAUUGGAAGCAGUGAAGUCCAAGCUAGCUGUGACUGCCAGCAUCCAUGUGUACAGCGUCCAAAAAGCCAUGCUAAAGGACAGUGGGCCUCUGUUCAAUACUGACUAUGACAUCCUUAAAAGCAACUUGCAGAACUGCAGCAAGUUUAGUGCCAUACAAUGUGCAGCUGCAGUCCCUAGAGCUCCUGCUGAAUCCUCAUCUUCCAAGAAGUUUGAGGAGUCACAUCUUCAGGUAUCAAGUGAGAUACAGGCAAACAAUGAACUGACUAUUAACGGACACGGCCCGCCUGCCUCCAAACAAGUUUCCCAGCAGCCCAAGGGGAUUAUGGGAAUGUUUGCCUCUAAAGCUGCUACUAAAACCCAAGAAAUCAACAAGGAAACCAAAACAGAGUCUAAAGAAGUAACAAAUGCAUCUUCGGCAGGCAGCAAGGCACCAGGGAAAGGGACUGUGAUGAGCAACUUUUUUGGAAAAGCUGCUAUGAAUAAACUUAAAGUCAAUUUGGAUUCAGAACAAGCAGUGAAAGAAGAAAAAACAGUGGAGCAACCUCCAAUGCCUGUCAUUGAACCAAAGCUGGCAGCUCCUGCAGGCCUGAAGAAAUCCAGCAAAAAAGCAGAGCCUGUUAAGAUGCAGCUGAAGGAAAAAAAAAGCAACAGGGGGAAGCGAGUAGAGUUAUCUGAUGAUGAGACAAAGGAAACUGAAAAUAUGAAGAAAAAGAGGAGAAGAAUCAAACUUCCGGAGUCUGACAGCAGUGAAGAUGAAGUCUUCCCAGACUCUCCUGGGGCUUCUGAAGCUGAGUCUCCAUCCCUACCUCCUCCUGUGUCUCCACCUCUUGAACCUGUGCCAAAGACUGAUUCUGAACCUCCUUCCAUCAAGAGCUCAAGUGGAGAAAACAAAAGAAAACGAAAACGUGUACUGAAAUCUAAAACUUUUGUGGAUGAAGAUGGCUGUAUGGUGACUGAAAAAGCCUACGAGAGUGAAUCCUGCACAGAUAGUGAAGAGGAGCUUAAGAUGAAGACAUCCUCUGUACAUAGACCCUCUGCCAUGCCUGUAAAGAAAGAACCCAGAGAGGAACGAAAGGGUCCCAAGAAAGGGACUGCUGCUCUGGGCAAAGCCAACAGACAAGUGUCUAUUACUGGCUUCUUCCAGAAGAAAUAAACUGUCAUCUCUGGUAGGUCAGAGACUUGGGAGUGGUCAAGGGAGAGACCAAGAAGUAUAGACUUUUUCACUUACUGUGUAAGUUCAUCUAGGUACUUACCUCACCUGUUUCAAAAGACUGUUCUUUCAUCCUGUGAGGUUUAUACUAUUUCUGGUUUAUAACCAAAAGGAAAUCACCUGGAAGCAGGAAGCAAAAGAAUAUUUUAAAAGCUGUUAUCUUCUAAUGACAUUUUUUAAGCACAAUCUUUGGUCUGUUGAGAAUUUAUUCCAAAUUAAACUGGAGCAGGUUUCAGAAUUAUCGCUGAAGCCAUUUAAUGGCUAAUCCACUGUGCCCCACUCACCCUAUGCCCUGAUCUAUAUAUGGUGCAGGAAAUAUUCCUUCUUCUUCCUCUGUGUUCUAUGAACUUGUGUGGGUGUUUUUUACCCCUGAAUUCUAGUAGAUGAGUCUAGUACUCCCCAUCCUCCUAUCUUCUGUUCUCCACACUUCUGUCCCCUAACCCCAUGAAGCUGUUUUCUGUAUGUCUUUUAAAAUCUUGGUUGAACUAAGGCUGAAACAAAAAUCUUCCUGUAAUCCUCUCCCUCCAUCAUUCAGUACACUGACACCUGGCUACAGACCAGGACAUUGCUUGUGUUCUGCCCCUUUCACAAAAGCUCUCUAGACCUUCACUUGUAAUUAGUGGUUAGGGAAAAGCCUCAGGCAGAACACAAAUAGAAAUUUAAUGAUGUAUUCAACUCCACCAGAAAUUACUUAGUCAGCAUGGAUGAUAUUAGAGGAGUUGUCAUGUUGCUGACAGAGAGUGUGCUUUAUGCUGCUCUGUGUGGUUUGCUGGUCUCCCCCUUCUCAUUCUCAAUACUUAGAGUGAAACCCAUACAAUGAGAUAAAGACUAAAAAGAGAAAUUUCAUUCUUUAUACAGUGUACAACAAUUGCAUAAAAUUUCUCCUUCCCAAAAAGGUGGAAUGUUCAGAAACAGCAAUUUUCUAGGAAGGUAGUAAGGUAGACAAAAUAAACAUUUGUGCAUAGAUGUUGUUUCUUUAUAUUUUUAGCUACCCAAUUUACCUAAAAGUCCAGGCCCCCCAAGAAGAGAUGGAGAGAUUUGAAUUGUUGGUAGGUCUAAGAAGUAAAACAUUUUUGUUACUUAAGGAAAAUAAUCCCUUCCAGUGGUGACUUUCAAGUGACUUUCAUUAUGGCUAGACAGGCAGUGAGCUCAGUGGAUUGAAGUGGCAUUGCUGUGUUCUUGCACAGUGAGCCUGGGGGAAGGGAACAGGCUCGAGUGCUGGUGUGACGCACACAUAACAGACGAGGGGUGUCUGACCUGCUCCUUCCACCUCAGCCUGGUGUAUGUCGUAAGUGAUGCAAUCAGCCGUCUCCUGUUUAAGUUUAGGAUUGUGACUGACCUUGGGAUUAACGCAAGCUUCCUUAGCAUAAAUUUGAUUAAGACCAGAGGUUUGGGAGAUGAAUCCUGGCAUUAAGUCCAGGACUUGAGAAGGCUGCAGCUUUGUAUAGCAAGCUGAGUAAAGGUUGACACAUUCCAAAGCCCUUUCUUUUUAAAAUGAAAUGGAUAGAAGGAUGGAAAGCCUGGACUAAAAACUUCUGGAGAGGAAUCUCUUUUAAAAUGGUUAUUUUUGUCAUUGCCUCUAGUCAUUUUUCUAAAUAGUAAUGGAAAACUAAAAAAUAAAUUAUUUAUGCUGGGAUCUGUAAUAAAACUGAAUUUGAAUUGGAACGAUCUGGGGCUGGUCGGAGUUCCACUUUUCAAUGGGUAUUGUAGCUUCUGUGAUCUCUGUGCCUAAUAUGAUGCCUAAACUCUGCAAGGUUCAAGUGGUACCUUUUUUUUUUUAAUACAAUAUUCUACCACGUUAUCCACAUGAGUUAAAUAAAUUUGAGAAGUUGUUUUAAAAAAGCGCUUCAAGCUAAAUGUCUGAUGGGUCUGUUGUUUGACAGAAUGACAGCAGUGUGUACAAUUACUUAAAUUCUGAAUGGGAACAAGUCUGGUUUUCCGUUUUAUAUUGUUAAAACCACAUACCCGUAGUCUGAGGUGGACAAGUUUAUUUG